AUGGUGACUGGAAUGCUACCAAAACAGAAGUACAUUUUAUGGAUGGCAAUGCAUAGGCGUUUGGCAACAGUUGACAGGUUAGCCAAAUGGGGAAUUCAAGUUGAUCAGGCAUGCAUAUUAUGUGGGAGAGAUAUUGAAGAGACACAUGACCACUUAUACUUUGAAUGUUCAUACUCACAAAGUCUGUGGAAAGGAAUGUUACAAUGGCUGAAGUAUCAAAGAACAACAGGCAACUGGGAAGCAGAAUUGCAAUGGCUAACUGCCAAUGUCAACAACAGGAAUCCAAGGAAGGCACUGCUAGGAGUGGUAUUUGCAGCAGUAGUGUACAACAUUUGGAUGGAACGGAAUGAUAGAAGGUUUCAACAACUGAGCAGAGAAGCCAAAGAUAGAGCAAAGGAGAUUGCACUUCAAGUGCACAUUGCUGGACAGAAGAAACCUAAAUGGAUACCUAUUUUGCAGACUUUCAAUAGUUACCCUAUAUGUAAUCCUUGA